UUUGCACCGAUCGCACGCUCUAUUCCUCCAUUCAAUUUCCUCACAAAUCCGACAGCAAGCGAUCCACUGCCAUCGCAGGAGACCGUUUUUCCACUCCUUGCAGGGUAGCCCCGGGCAUUCAUAUAAUUGCUCCGACGUCGUCUUUCGAAUGGCCUGUCUCCAUAUCAUUCAUUGGCGAUUCUGCUCUGGCAUGACAUGAACGGCGAGUCUGAGCAACGGAGCACGAUUCCACUCGACCGACUUGAUCAGAAGGGACGAGGAGACUCUCUGCGAGAGCUCGAUUCUGCAUUCCUUUCCGUUGAGGCCACAGCAAGAGUUCAUGAAUGGUACUACAGGCUUCACGAGGCACAUGAAGUUUUUUGUAUCCACCUUGAGGUUUGUUCCCAGGCAAAGCUAGACACAGAGGUGUCGGUCGAGGACAUAUCAUAAUGCUGCAGCGGAGCUGAAGACAGUCAUACCUGCAGAUUUGCAGAUUGGCAACGAUGGAGCAAGAGUUCAUAAAUGGUACAUGGACGGCACUACAGGCUUCACGAUGCAUAUGAAGCUUUUUGUAUCUACCUUGAAGUUUGUUCCCAGGCAAAGCUAGACACAGAGGUGUCGGUCGAGGACAUAUCAUACUGCUGCAGCGGAGCUGAAGACAGUCAUACCUGCAGAUUUGCAACGAUGGAGCAGCGCAGCUUCAUGAUGCUGACCACUUCGUUUCUGCUCUUGAUGAGUACGCCGUUCUACCUGCCGGUGACGGCAACCAGCGUUGACGGGCGAUACGCAUUCGUGAGGAACGCGAGCUGGGCACCGGCGAAGGCCGAGUACGACUACAUCGUGGUGGGAGGGGGGGCGGCGGGGUGCCCUCUGGCCGCGACGCUGUCGACCACGUACAAGGUGCUGGUGCUGGAGCGCGGAGGAGCGCCCUUCGACAAGCCGAACGUGGUGAACGCGCUCAACUUCGCGUCCGUGCUCACGGACAUCAACGACAGCACAGUGUCGCCGGCGCAGGGCUUCCAGUCGCAGGACGGCGUGCUGAGUCGCCGGGCGCGGGUCCUGGGCGGAGGGACGAGCAUCAACGCGGGCUUCUACAGCCGCGCGGAGCCCGAGUGGGUCGAGGCCCGGCGCCUGGACUGGGCCCGCGUUAACCGGUCGUACGAGUGGGUGGAGUCGGCGCUCAUCUCCUUCCCGCCGCUGGGCCCGUGGCAGCGGGCCGUCAAGCAGGGCCUGGUGGAGAACGGGGUCGGCCCCGACAACGGGUUUACUUACGACCACAAGCUCGGCGUCAAAGUCGGAGGCACUCUGUUCGACGAGACCGGCCACCGGCGCACGGCCGCCGACCUACUGCAGCACGCCGUCCCGGAAAACAUCGCCGUCCACCUCUACGCCACAGCGCACCAGCUCAUCCUCGACUUCGGCGGAGGCAACGGAGUUCCGAGAGCGAUGGGCGUGCUGUACACGGACGAGAACGGGGACGCGCACGAGGCCGCGCUGACGGGCGCGGCCGGGAGCGAGGUGAUCCUGACGGCGGGGGCGCUGGGGUCGCCGCAGCUGCUGAUGCUGAGCGGCAUCGGGCCAAGCGAGCAUCUGAAGGAGCUGGGGCUGCCGGUGGUGGUGGACCAGCCUGGCGUGGGGAAGGGCAUGUCCGACAACCCGUGCGUGACGAUGCUGGUGCCGUCGCGAAUUCCGCUGGAGACGUCGCUGAUCGAGACGGUGGGCAUCCUGUCGACGGGGUUCUACAUCGAGGCGGCCAGCGGCGCCAUCUCGGCCUUCGACGAGGUGCAGGCGCUGAACACGCUGGACCCGGAGUACCGCAGCCAGGCCGAGGUGGGCAACUACUCCGGCACGGUGCCGCAGUUCCCGCCGGAUGCGACCGCCAGCAUCUCGCAGUCGGGCGUGCUGCUGGGCAAGAUCGCCAGCCCGCAGUCGCGCGGCACGCUGCGCCUCAACUCCACGGACGUCCGGCAGACGCCGCUGGUGCAGUUCAACUACUUCGGCGACGUGCAGGACCUGUACGCGUGCGUCGAGGGCGUCCGGGUCAUGAUCCAGCUGCUGCGGGCGAGCACCUUCUCCAACAUCACGUACCCGCGCCUGCCCGAGCCCGUGCUGACCUGGGCCGGGUUCGUCGCGCCCCUGGCGCCCGACACUCUGGAGCCGGCCCUUCUGGCGCAGUGGUGUCGUCAAACCGUGCUCACCAUUUGGCACUUCCACGGGGGCGCGCAGGAAGGUGUGGUGGUCGACCGCUCGUACAAGGUCCUCGGUGUCGAUGCGCUUCGCGUCAUCGACGGAUCCACCUUCAACUCCUCGCCCGGCACCAAUCCCCAGGCCACUGUCAUGAUGCUCGGCAGGUAUAUGGGCCUCGAGAUUUUGGAUGAGAGAUCGCAGAGGCGGAAAGCGAAUUGAGAUGGAAUUGAGACCAGCGUCGGGAGUGGACCGAAAGUAGGUUCGAAUGACAAGGAGACCAAUCUCGCCCUUGCAUCGAACUUCGGGUCGGACUGCUGGCUCUCUGCCGCUAACAACGCGGAACAUAUCUGCUGCAGAUGAAGAGGCCUUCGAGUCAUCGCCAUCCAGGCGGUUGACGAGAAGCAAUGUGAGAUUUAGGAUCGGUAGGUUGUAGAAAGAUGAGCUAGGAAAAAGUGCAAUGCCUUCAAUGAAGUUACGGGAGUUGCGUAGAAGUCACAGACUAGAACCAUUUCAGUGACAUUUUGGUGUACAAAAUUUGUUUGGUAAAUGUAAUUAUGACAUUCGCCGCAAACCGUUCUCUUUCCGCCGGGCUUGUCGACCAUAUUUCCUGCACAGCAUUCUCUCCAUUGUUAGUAUCGUACUUGCUCUGCAGAAACCUGUUC